CAUCUUUCUCUCUCUCACUCACUCACUCUCUUCCACUCUCAACCGCACCACCACCGCCACCACAGCAACAACAACAACACCACCACCACCACCGCAACCUCGUGUUGGACGCCCCGACACGCACACACCCACCACCAGCCAACUCACCCGCGCGCACGCAGCACCCGAGCUCAACGCUCCUAGUUCAAGAUCUCGUCCUUCUCAAGACGCUGCCAUUUGUCCAGCUUCGACCCCGACGAUCCCGCCGCCGGUUCUUCUUACGAGCAACACCCCGAGUUCAUGCAGCAUCGAGACUCUGCCGUCCCUAGGAAUCCAGCCGCGCGUCUACUCAUAGUUCAUCCCCGCUAGAUUACUCAUUACUCUUGCCCAACAUGACGACUGUCAACAUCCGUCGCGAUGUCGAAGACAAGUUCUACCGCUACAAGAUGCCCCUGCUCCAGACCAAGAUCGAGGGCCGCGGUAACGGCAUCAAGACUGUCGUGCCCAACAUGGAAGACGUGGCGAGGGCCUUGAACCGCCCCCCUGCUUAUCCCACCAAGUUCUUUGGCACCGAGCUCGGCGCCCAAACCACAAUGGCCAACGAGCGUUACAUUGUCAACGGCGCGCACCAGCCCGACCGCCUCCGCGAGCUCCUCGACACGUUCAUUGACAAGUUUGUUCUCUGCGCGUCGUGCAAGAACCCCGAGACGGAGCUCGUCAUCACCGGCCGCGGCAACAAUGAGCACAUUCACCGUGACUGCAAGGCCUGCGGUGCACACACCGACAUUGACAUGCGCCACAAGCUCACGACGUUCAUCCUCAAGAACCCUCCCAAGAAGAAGAAGGGCAAGAAGGGCAUGACCGCCGAGGCCAACGUUGGCGGCCCUGUCGUGUUCGACGAGAAGGACAAUGGCAGCGGCGAGGACUCGCCCUCGGCCACCCCCGCCCCUGGCGACCAGGGCGUUCCCACCUCGGGCACCGACAUUGACGCUGCGCUCGGCAGGGGCGGUGACCCCAUCCUUGACAACCCCGACGCCAUUGCCAACAAGGUUGCCAACCUCAACGUCGACGACGAUGACGAGGACGAGGGCUCGCCGUACUACCAGCUCCGUGUCUGGCUCGAGGAGACCGAGGACCCGUCGGACGCCGACGUCAUUGGCCAGAUCAAGGAGCUCGAAAUUGUUGGCAAGCACAAGGCGCUCGUUGAGAUUGGCCACAAGCUCUUGGGCGAGAAGGUUGACGCGGACAUCCAGAAGCGCGCCCAGCUCCUCAAGGUGCUCGUGACCUCGGAGAAGCACCAGAAGUCGCUCCUCGGUGGCCUCGAGCGUCUCCUCGCUCUCUCGCCCGACUCGGACGCGCUCAUCGCGUCCGGCGCGACUUCCAAGGCCCUCAUGGCCCUGUACCAGGAGGACAUUCUCGAGGAGGAGGUUAUCCGCCAGUGGGGCACGCACGUGAGCAAGAAGUAUGUCAGCAAGGACCAGAGCAAGAAGGUGCGCAAGAGCGCCGACGCGUUCCUCAAGUGGCUCGACGAGGCGGAUGACGAGAGUGACGAGGAGUAAGCGAGCAGUUUUGCAGCGCCGCAAGGCGCUGCGAGCUGCAUGCUGGACGUCCACCUCACUGAAUGUCCGACCAUCCAACCCCGGACCCCGACCCCCGCCCGACCCGAUUCCGAUUUCCGCAUGGCCGAAUGUAAAGACACAAGAAACCCAUAAACUCAUAUGAUCGUACCAAGGCUCGGCUCUGUGACUGUAUGCACCGUUCUGCUGUGA